CUUUCUCGACCCCUCACUCAAUAAGCGCCUUAGAUGGAAAUAGUGAAAAUGCUAUGGCGGUUUCCUUCUUCUUCAGAUACUCUCUCUUGCAAUUCCACGCUCUGAAAUUCCUCUCUCCAACUCCUCUCCCCAGAUUCCAUACUUCCAUCUCAGCUUCCAAGAUGAGUGAGGGGAUUGAUGCUGAAGAGAGUGAAGAAAUAAAGGUAGUUGGGAGGAAGAAAAUAUUCGUUGCAGGCGCUACUGGGAAAACUGGUAAAAAGAUUGUGGAGCAGCUGCUGUUGAAGGGUUUUGGUGUUAGGGCGGGUGUUGUCAAUUUGGAGAAGGCGAAAGAUAGUCUUCCAGAGGAUUCAAAUGUAGAAAUUGUGAGGGCAGAUGUUACAGAGGGUUCGACAAAGUUAGCAGAAGCCAUCGGUGAUGCUGAAGCUGUCAUAUGUGCUACAGGCUUUCGAUAUUCAUGGGAUUUGUUCGCACCAUGGAAGGUUGAUAAUUUUGGUACAGUGAACCUCGUAGAUGCAUGCCAAAAAAUCGGGGUGAACAGGUUCAUUCUUAUCAGUUCAAUUCUUGUGAAUGGAGCUGCAAUGGGCCAAAUCCUUAAUCCAGCUUACAUCAUUCUAAAUGUGUUCGGGCUCACAUUGAUAGCAAAGCUACAGGCAGAGAAAUAUAUCAGGAGAUCUGGUAUAAACUACACAAUUGUUAGGCCUGGGGGCCUAAGAAAUGACCCGCCUAGUGGAAAUAUAGUCAUGGAGUCUGAGGAUACUCUUUAUGAAGGUUCUAUAUCCAGAGAUCAGGUUGCAGAAGUUGCUGUUGAGGCAUUGCUGCACCCGGAGUCUCAUUACAAAGUGGUGGAGAUAGUUUCUCGUACGGAAGCUCCUAAACGUUCGUUUGAGGACCUAUUUGGUGCUAUUAGGCAGGAACAGAUCUGAACAUGAUUCAAAAGGUCCAAUCUGGCAUGCAAGGUGAGAUUUUGGAUCUUCUUCUUUCAUCUUUCCAAUGGUUAUCUAUUAUACAUGGCCUCAUUGUUGUGUAAUUCCAUUAUUUUGCCCAUGAAAAGAAGAAAAACCCAAACAUGUCAAACAUAUGAGAAUAUAAACAUUCACCAUGCAGAAAGUCCAAUGUGGUAUGUGAUAUGACA